CCUUCACUGCAGGAAUUGUAUUGCUCUCAUGCUAAGUUUCAGCGUGUCAGAGCCUAGUGGUCACAGUUUUAAUGCUACUUUAGGAUUUAUCGCGUCCGUUUGUUGUCUGUUCGGUGUCUUUAAACGCAGCCAGUGUAGCAGCCGGGAUGGAGUGUCGUGUGUUGUCCGUUCAGAGUCACGUUGUCAGGGGUUACGUCGGGAACAAGUCGGCUACCUUCCCUUUGCAGGUUUUGGGCUUUGAAGUGGACUCUAUCAACUCUGUGCAGUUCUCCAAUCACACAGGUUACGCCCACUGGAAGGGGCAAGUACUGACAGCAGAGGAGCUGAAUGUGCUGUAUGAGGGUAUUAAACUCAAUAAGGUGAACCACUAUGACUACAUCCUCACAGGAUACAGCAGGGAUACGUCCUUCCUUGAGAUGGUGGUUGACAUUAUUCAAGAGCUGAAGAAGGCCAAUCCCAGCUUGGUGUAUGUGUGUGAUCCUGUUAUGGGAGACCAAGGUGCUAUGUACGUCCCAGAGAACCUGCUGCCAGUCUACAGGGACAAAGUGGUGCCUUUGGCCGACAUCCUAACCCCCAACCAGUUUGAAGCAGAGCUUUUAACUGGGAGGAAAAUCAGCACAGAGUCAGAUGCUUUUGAGGUGAUGGACUUGCUUCAUAAAAUGGGGCCAGAGACUGUGGUCCUCACUAGUACAGAUCUGCCCUCGAAAUGUGGGGACCAGUUCCUGGUGGCCCUUGGAAGUCAAAAAACAGUGAAACCAGAUGGGACCAACAGCAGUCAGAAAAUCUGCAUGGACAUCCCCAAAGUUGAUGCUGUAUUUGUGGGGACAGGAGACCUGUUUGCUGCCAUGUUGCUAGCCUGGACCCACCAUCACCCUAAAGACCUGAAGGCUGCCUGUGAAAAGACUGUUUCAGUCAUGCAUCACGUCAUUAAGAGGACCAUUACUUAUGCUAACGAGAUGGCCGGGCCUGGAAAAAGGCCUAGCCCUGCACAGCUGGAGCUGAGGAUGGUUCAGAGCAAAGCCGACAUUGAGAAUCCUGCCAUCGUAGUUCAAGCUAGGGUCUUACAAAAGUCUUAGGAUUGAAGAUGUUUUCAUGAACAUUCACAUUGUGCUGGUACAAAAUCAGCUUUAAAUCUGGGCGGUACAUGUAGGAUUUUCACAUCAAAGACUGUCAAGUGUCUCUGCCUUAUACAGUAGAAUCUCUGAGGAUGUGUUUUUCAUGAGAAACUUUUGAUUUGUUGUUAUGUACGUUCUGCACACUAGAAUCACUGCCAUAGGUGUCUGUACUAUGGCCUGUGUAGACAUCAUCUACCCUAUAAAAAAAUGUGUCAAUGAUGUUUAGGUUUAAAAGAUAGUGUACUUUAAUCUUCUUUAUUAUGCUGAAAAUUAUUUCUUGGUAUUAAACAACGCAUCUCGGUUAAGAAUAGGUAAUACACAAAACCAAAUGAUGCAUGCGUGACCAUCCCUCUACUUGAGGCUGCUAUAAUAGCAGGUUAAAUGUACUUAAAGUGUGUUGCUCACAAGGCAUUAUAAGCACAUCAAUAUACUGUCUGCAAUAUAAUCAAAAACAUGACGCGUAAUGCCAGUAGCAACACAUAAUGCAAAAACAAAGGGGUUGACAGCUUCUGGUGAAAGUAUAUAAUCAUUUAAUCACAAUGAUGUCAGAACAUUUCAUUGCACUGUUUUUCUGAAAUGAUUUUUUAUAAAAAGGUGUUAAUGCAUGUAAUGUGCUUAUAAUGAACUUGGAUGUUGUCACAUUUAUACAUUCAGAAUGGAAUAUAAGUGCUGAGAUGUGUACUGUAACGCACUGUAAAAAUGUCAAACACCUUAUGCAAUUAGUAUGUGGUCAGUAAAGUUACAUUAUCCCAGUUUAUUUCAUUUUGUUUUAGACAAAUUGUAACUAUUGAUAAUCAUGAUUGUAGUCGACGUCUGAAAUGGUUCUUUUAAAUGAUAUUCUGGAAAUGUUUUUCACCUUCUGUUUUUUAAUUAUGCAAUGCGUUCUUGUACUAGCAGAUGUAUAACACGUUAGAUCUAUGUCUUAAACAUCUCAAAUUGAGGUAUUUGCACAGAUAAUCUUUAAUAUACAGUAUUUACUAAUAAUUUUUUUUUCAUUUCUGACUGUUGUCAUAUCUCAGAAAAAGAGUCGGUAUGAGAGACCACGCUGUUUAAAUAGCCUUAACGCAGUUAGGAAGAAAAAACAUUGGUUGUGAAUGUUUUGAUGUACCAAUGUAAUAGUUGAUCCUCACACAUAAUGUUAGAAAGUCAAGUGCCAAACUUUGAGCUGCUGCUCUGAUAUAGAGCAAUACAAGAACAGAAAUAAUAAAUUAUUAAUCUUUUACU